CGCCGCGAUGGACGACGAGGAUGCUAAAGGAUUCCUUAAGAAAGAAACGGUGAGGAAGAUCAAGUCGAUCGCCGGUCAUAUGGCCUUGUUAAUCACUCUGAUGCUGUACACCGCGAUCGGUGGAUUGUGUUUUUGAGAAAAACUAGCGGAUUAUAUAAGACGCGAAAUAAAACGAAAGAGAGGAGUGAAUUGCAAUAUGUCCCGAAAUAAUGUUCCGAAAUAAUUUGUGUGUUGAAAUUUUCAUUUUGGGAAACAUCGAAAUUUUCAGCGUGGAACGUUAAACGUAUAUGUUCAAUGUUCCAUAAAUAUUUACAUUCUAUACAAUAACGAACGGUUUUGUAGCCUAUCGAAUCGUAUAACUUUAUUUUUAGCAACGGACCGAUCGUGCAGUUUAGAAGGAAGUAUAUUACUGACGCCUUUUAAUAUAGUUUGCACUAAUUGACAGCUGAUGAAGAUUUAUCAAAAAACAGUUUCAAGAACUAUUGUAGACGGAAGGAUAUUGUUCGGAUAAAUAUGCGCAUCUUGAUUCGAUCAUUAGCUAAAGUGUACCUAGCACUUGAGACUCGAGAGUAAUAUAUCCAUACAGGUUUUUCGGCAGAUUGAACUUCCGGCGGAGCUCGGACGGCUCGAACGUUUGCGCGCGAAAUUACGUAUGCAACGAUAUCGUUUCAUCGAGUCCAUUUCCAACAAUACGGACGUCUUCAAUUUGCGAACCUUGAUAAACGUGAAAUUGUGCGUCUACGAAGAAGCUGUUCAGGAAGCGGCUGAAGCGGGUCUUUUAGUCAGUUUUGUAAAUACCAUGGAUCAGGACGCUCACAUUGAAUCGGACUUGCCACCCAUCGUAACUGAAAGAUGGAGCAUUCUCCAAGCGGUUUUCUUCGCCAGCACCGUUCUCACUACGAUUGGAUAUGGCAAUGUCGUACCCUCGACUAAUUGGGGAAGGAUUUUCUGCAUUUUCUUCGCUCUUAUUGGCAUACCUCUUACCUUGAUCGUGAUUGCCGAUUUGGGAAAACUGUUCGCGGAGGGAGUAGUGUAUAUUGCAUUAAAGUUAAAAUUGAAGCUUCUGUUUCGCGCGAAAUUAUCGUGCGUUCCGACAAACGUAACCGGUCGACGAUCGCUCGGCGCCUGUGCCGCUAUUAUAUUGCUCUUCCUAUAUCUUGCCUGCGGCGCCGGUAUGUUUAUGCUAUGGGAAGACGACUGGAACUUUUUUGAUGGAUUUUAUUUUUGCUUCGUUACGAUGACCACUAUAGGCUUUGGUGAUCUUGUGCCGAAGAAGCCUAAAUACACUUUAUUAUGUACUUUGUACAUUUUGGUCGGCUUGGCGCUAACUAGCACCAUCAUCGAACUCGUCAGACGACAAUACGCUCAGUCUUGGAGAAGGCUGCAAAGACUGAGUGGUCCGUUAGCUGAAACUCUCAGAAAACUUGGCGAACAAGCAGGCGGCGACAUGUCCGCGCUACAUUCUGAUCUAAAGAAAGUACUAACCAUCAUAUCUAUGCCGCGUUUGAGAUGGUCUACUUCGAUUGAUCGUGAUGUCACAAAGGACCGGGAUUGGGAGGAAGCUGUGGAGGCGGUAUUGCGCGAUAUCGCUGCAUCUGCGACGGUGCCGCCGCCCAAAAAGCCGAUUGUGCAAAUCGUCGUUUACGAAUCUAGCGUUUAAUGUAUCGUCAAGA